GGUCUCGAACUCGCAAUCACAACUCCCACAGUACCGUGUCGGUUAGUAUCACACAAUACCCUGUCGGCAAGUUCUUCGUCUAUCAGUCACGCAAUAUCGUCGACCGUCCUCGAUCGUCUUCUCUUCUUGGGUUCGUCCACACCCAGUCGGCGUCGUCCAUCGUCCUCGACUCCUCGUCUUCUCUUCUGCGAUAACUAGACGAUAUUGCUCAUAAAGUCAAAUUUUAUUGCUUCCUUGGUAUAACACUCAAACUUUUCCCAAAUGGCAUUGGUUGUGAUAUGUGGGCAGCCAUGCAGUGGGAAGACUAAAGCUGCACUAUGUCUAGCCGAAGCCUUCGAAGAAUCAGAAUCAAAACUGCAAAUGAGGGUCAUAGAUGAAGCUUUUUUCCAUCUUGAUCGGAAUCAAAGUUAUGCCAAUAUGCCUGCAGAGAAGAAUUUAAGAGGUGUUCUCAGGUCGGAAGUAGAUAGGUCAGUGUCAAAAGAUAACAUCAUUAUAGUAGAUUCUUUGAAUAACAUCAAAGGUUAUCGAUAUGAGCUAUGGUGUUUGGCUCGUGCAACAGGCAUUAGAUACUGUGUGUUGUAUUGUGAUGUUGAAGAAACCCAGUGUAGGAAAUGGAAUGUAGAACGUAGGGAGAAAGGGGAAGCUGCUUAUGAUGAUACAAUCUUUGAAGAUUUGGUUAGAAGGUUUGAGAAACCAGACAGAAGAAAUCGUUGGGACUCGCCUUUGUAUGAGUUAUGGCCACAUAGGGAUGGGAUAGAAAAAUCUUCUCCGGCCAUUAGAGAUGCUCUAUCCUACAUAACCAAAACGGUGGACUCCAAAACCCGAGAUGUUAAGAUUUUACAGCCAACUAUUGCAACUCAAAACACACGCUUUUCUGAUGCUAAUUCUCUUUACGAGCUGGAUAAAGCAACUCAGGAGGUCACCAAUGCCAUAGUAGAAGCUCAAUCCCAGGCUCUAGGUGGGCCUAUGAAUGGGAUUUCUGUAGGGAAGGACCUGCCUGCGAUCAAUAUAUCCAAAUCAGUUGGGCUGCCGGAGCUUCGGAGAAUGCGACGUACCUUCAUUAAGUUGACAGGGCAAACAAGUUUAAGCGGACCACCUCCUCCUUCAGAUGCGGAUAGUGCAAAGAGAAUGUUUAUUGACUACCUCAACAGGGAACUAGGAGCUGCUUGAACAACAAUACAUAUAACCUUCCGAGUCUGAUUGGUGUGUGCCCAAAGCUGCCAUAUCCCACUGCUUGAUCAAUAAAACAUAUUACCAAUUCGGUUUGCCCAACUUGUAUUAUCUUUCUCUCUCUUUUUUUUACUCAACUCUCCCCGAAUCUGCUUAGAAUGAUCUUGCUUCUGUUAUGGAAUUUGUGUUUGAUGAACUCAAAGGCUUUAUAUUUAUUAAUGAGUUUACUCUAGAAUA